AUGUGCGACUUCGAACCAAAUCAAUUCUCGUCAGCGCAACUAAAAAGGUGGCUGGCUGGACUUGGGCGACCAACUCAAGGCUCCAAAGCCGAACUGAUCGCACGCGUAAGCGCAAUUUCACCAAACGCACGCGGCGACCCACCAGAAGGUUCGAUCGACCAAGUGGAACAUCAACAGGCGGCAGGCAAAGCACCAGUUUUAGCGUCGUCGGUCGAGGAAGAGGCAACACCAUCAACUCGAGGCAUGCAGGAGAAAAAUAUUCCAAGCAUGGGACAGUGGAGCACGGUGGAAGCAGAGUACGCCGCUCUGAUGAAAUUGCGCGCAGACAUUGAAGAAGGAAAAAACAUGCUGCGGCAAAUCCAUGACGAAAUAAACAAGAUCGUUCACGUCGGCCAAUCCAAUGACGUCAUCGAUGAAGACAACGACUCAGUUAACAGCGACAACGAUAACAGUGCUACAGUUAACAGCCCCGAAGUUAACAACACCGUUUGCGCUAACAGCACCAAUGUUAAUAGCGGCCCUGACAGCAGUAAUGUAAAAGACGACAAUUCAGACGGUGUUGCAAAACGUCAAGACACAAAUGUAAACAACAUAUGCGAAUCUCCGACAGCAUCGCUUACGUUAGCAAAGGAAGUGACUAUGGAAUACGACGGGACACAGUGCGCCAAAAACUGGGUCAUACAGGUGAAGAACAUUGCCCAAAUCUACAAACUGGACAAUAUUACUAAACGAAUGCUGCUGAUUGCCAAGCUCAAAGGAAACGCUCAGCGCUGGCUCCAUGCAGAUUCCUCGCGCAUCUUGGAAUCAGCUGAUCACCUGUGCGAGCAAUUGAUCGUGGCAUUCGGGGCAACCGUCACCAAAGGAGAACUCAGAGACAGGUUCCAUAAGCGCCAAUGGCUUUAUGGAGAAAAUUUUGCCACAUACUACGAAGAAAAAAUGAUGCUGGCCAGGAACAUCAACAUAGACAUAGAAGAAUUGAAAGAGAAGAUAAUCGAGGGGAUUCCGUCCCCGGGCUUGCGAGAUCAGGCUCGCAUUCAGUGCUUCUCCGAUCCGAAGCAGAUUUUGCGUGCUUUUUCGGAGAUUCGCCUUCCGGAGCGUAUGCAGCAUGCCACAUCAUCACAAGGCCCGGCAAAUUCUUCGGCGACCAAGGACCUACGUUGCGCCAACUGCAACUCGCGAGGUCAUUUCGCCAAGGACUGUCUCAAACCAAAAAGGGAGCCUGGAUCCUGCUACGCCUGUGGGGUAUUUGGACAUCUGGUCGGACAAUGCCCGGAGAGGAAGAGCGUAACAUACAAUAAUUAUCGUGCCUCAUAGACUCUGGCAGUCCCAUAUCGUUCAUCAAGAAAAGCUUAAUCUCUAGAGAAAUUCGUUUGGAACCAGUUUUGGAAUUAUAUUUUGGGCUUAAUAAAAGCCAAUUGAAAACACUUGGAAAAAUUUUAUGUUAUGUUUUGAAAGGAAGAAUAAAAUGCUAUUUUUAUUUGAACGUAGUGUCGAACGAGUCUAUGAGUCAUGGUGUGGUUCUUGGCAGAAAUUUUAUGAAUGCAUGCGACUUAAACUUGGACUUAAGUACUUUAAAAAUGGUUACGUUAGACGCUUUGAAUUCGGAAGCCAAUGAUCAUUUAAGUGAAAAUCCAGCAAUUCCGAUUGAAAAUGAUAAAAUGCAAAUCAAAACGGUUGGAAAACAUACUAGUAUAAUAAGUAGUACAAAGAGUAGAGAAAAUUCAGAUAAAAUAGUUAUAGAUGAGGUAAUCAAAAUA